AGACAACAGCCCUCCCCCCGUCCCUGCAUACACCGGCAAACUGAAGCCAUAAAAGCUGGGAGCAGAGACAGAGCCAACUCAGUCCGAGCGACUUAUUCUAAAGACACUGACAAGACCGCUGCAAAACAUACCGAGAAGUUGCCGUUUCAGAAGAUUUCAUAUCCGCAAACUGAAGACCACUUGAGCAACCAUGAUGAGAUCACUUGGACUAUUAAUUCUCCUUUCUGCUCUCUGCUGCUGCCUAGCGGACAAUGUGGAGCUGCUCCGCACUAAGAGAGGGACUCGUUUUUACAGAGUACGUUGUGUGGAUAGUGAGACGUCUGCAGUGCGUAGUUAUGGGGACACUUGGCUGCGAUGGAGGGGACAGCGUGUGGAGUAUUGCCGUUGUGCAUUAGGAGGACGAGAGCAUUGUCAUAUUGUGCCCGUCAUCAAUUGCUACGUGUCUCAGUGUUAUAACGGAGGAACCUGUAAAGAGGCCGUGUACACCUCUGACUACAUUUGCCAGUGUCCUGCAGGCUUCAGUGGGACUCAGUGUGAGAUCAACACCAAUGAGAAGUGUAUUGUGGGGCAGGGUGAAGGGUACCGUGGGACAUGGAGUAUCAGCCACUCAGGAGCAGAGUGCAUCAACUGGAACUCGACAUCUCUGCAUGGAAGGCGGUUCACAGCUAGAAAAAUUGACGCCAACAGUCUUGGACUGGGCAAUCACAACUUCUGCAGGAACCCAGACAAUGACAGCACGCCCUGGUGUUACACCUAUAAAGGCACUCAGAUCAUUUGGGAGUUCUGCUCUUUGUCCAAAUGUCCAGAAGACAAGUACCAAGAGUGUGUUCAGGGCUCUGGUCAGAACUACAGAGGCACAAAAUCUGUCACUAAGAGCGGCUCUCGCUGUCUCUCGUGGGACUCUCCUGCUGUCAAGCGUAAACUCAACAAUGCCUGGAGGUCUGAUGCAUUAGAGCUGGGGCUGGGCAGCCACAGCUUCUGCAGGAAUCCAGAUGGUGAUGCCGGUCCAUGGUGUCACACCUACAAGAACAUGCAGCUGACCUGGGAGCUGUGUGACAUACCUAAAUGCCAGAGACGUAUCAUCACCACUCUUGGCCCUCGUGCCCCGACCACUAACAACAACAACAGAGCAACAUGCGGCCAGCGUUUAGAUAACUCGCUGAAUCGCCCAGCGUUCCGCAUAUUUGGAGGCAGACAGAGCGACAUCACGGACCAGCCCUGGCAGGCGGCCAUUAACGUUUACCAGCCCCGUCGCAGACAGCAUUUCCACCGAUGUGGAGGGGUCCUCAUCGACUCCUGCUGGGUCCUGUCUGCUGCACACUGCUUUGAGGAAAAAGAUAAAGCUGAUAGAUUGGAAGUGAUUUUGGGAAGAACGUUUCGGAAACAGAAUUCCAGCAGCGAGCAGAUUUUCAAGGUUGAGAAGUAUUGGAUCCAUGAGAAAUUUGACAAUGAAACGUUUGAUAAUGACAUCGCUCUCUUGAAGCUGAAGACGGAUGUUGGUAUCUGUGCUGUAAACUCUCCGGAGGUUCUUCCGGCGUGUCUGCCCGAACCUGGUCUGGUGCUGCCCAGCUGGACUGAGUGUGAGAUCUCAGGUUAUGGAAGAGACAAAGAAUUUUCUGCAGAGUACUCAGAGCGUGUUAAGAGAGGUUAUGUCCGCCUGUGGCCCAAUGAGCGCUGCGUCCCAGAAGUGCUGUCCGGACGCCCAAUUACCCCCAACAUGCUCUGUGCAGGUGACACCCGAGGCCUUGACGACGCCUGCAAGGGCGACUCUGGCGGCCCGCUCGUCUGUCGGAACAAUGACAGGAUGACUCUGAUGGGUGUGAUCAGCUGGGGCGACGGGUGCGGGCAGAGGGAUAAGCCUGGGGUCUACACCCGAGUCACCAAUUACAUCAGCUGGAUCAAUGGCAAAAUUAAGGCAAACCCAGUACUCUAAAGUAAGAGAGACUGCGAAGAAGGUGUUGUUGGAUAACCCUAACCCAUAAAUACAAUGGGAAAACCAGCAAAGGCAGAUGUGUUUAUCAUUGAGAAGAUAGACAGAGAGGUCCACAGGACUCUUGUUUAAACUGACGGAGGUCUUAAACCAGCAGGAACACUCCACUACAGAGAUGCACAAGAAGGACCUUAGUCAUGAGUUUUAAUGCUCGAUGUAGCUCCAUGUUCUUCAGUUCUCUGUUCCUCACUUUGUCAAAUGGGAUGGUAUAUGUGGACAGAAACACAGACCAGACUCUAUUUUUCCUCCUUCUGGGCCAUCUUUAUCACAAUAAUAUUUUUUAAAAAAUCUUUUAAUGCAUACAAAGUUUUCAUGUGUUUUCUCUGCAUUGCCUCCAACAAACUGGAAAAAACAGGAAAUAUCAGUGUAGUCUUCCUCUAUCUGUGGCCGGUUUUAUGCUACAAAGACGUCACAGUGGUAGAGUUCAGGUCAGUAGCACUUUUAAUCCAGAAGAAUACUCAGUCAACACAGGCAUUUACUUUGCACAGUCCAGUAAGUCAUAGGAAUGUUUUUGCUACUCCAAAGGGGCAUUUUUUAGAAGGUUUCAUGCAAAGAUUAUGUUACAGGCUCGUCUUCUAGAUAUAAGGUGAUGUUGGCUUAAUUAGUUUUAAUGCAAAAUGUUCAUGCGUUUGCUACUUUGGGGCUUGAGGUGCUCCAGAACGCCUCACUCAAACCACAAAACGUAUCUGCUGGUUCAGAUUCAGCUCGUUUUUGCAGCUUUCUCUGCUCUUGCUCGCUGCUGUCUUGGAGAUGGGAGUAGCUCUGAACCUCUGAAACUCUGAACUCUGUUUAACAAACUCAUGUCUUGUUCCUUAAGCUUUGUUAUAGAGGGCGGGCUAAAUCUCACCUGUUCUCAAUUUUUUUUGUACCACAGCACUUCUCCACCAGACACCUGGGUUGAGCCCAGUAUGUAUAUAACAUUUUAACAUGUCUGAUUAUUGAUUUUAUAUUGAAAAUGACUGGGGACUGGUUUUUCUGUUCUACAUUAAAAUGCUUAUUGACUGCAAAGCUUAACAAACUCACUUUGAUGUGUGAUAGACUCUCAAAGACAUUGGAUUUUAGAUGUUUUGGGCUAAGUUAAUAUUUAUGUGUAUUUUAAAUUGCUUUGUAGAAUCUUUAAUAUGUUAUGUAUGUGUACUGUAGCUUGAUAAUUUAUUGUCACUGUCAUUAUAACCACAUUUUACAACAUACUCUUUUGUCAAUAAAUAAUAUUUGGAAUAAA